GACAUUUUGGAUAAAGAUGAUAAAGAGCACAAGAGGUUGGAUGGUGCCUGUCUGGCAAUGACUUGUAAAUACAUGUAUUGGAUAUGGUACAAAUGUACAUUGUUGUCAAUGUCCACACCGCCUCAACAUCUCUUGCAAGCACAUGGCAACAACCAAGUGAAUGAUCAUAACAGGAAGACAAUACUAUCAUUGAUCAUUGGUGCUGACCAUGAUGAUUAUGCUCACGAAGAUGAUGUCCAACUGCUUCCUUCAACCCUUCAGACAUUAACUUAUGGAAGGAAGUACGACAAGGUCAUCUACCCAGGUAGCCUGCCAGACUCAUUGAUAUCGUUGACACUCAGCAAGAAGUACAACCAUCCACUUGUCGCUGGCUUGCUCCCACUAGCCCUCCAGACAUUAGUGUUUGGCUCGCACUUUAACCAGAUCAUUGAGGUCGGAAUCUUGCCUCGAUCACUCAAAAAACUUUCAUUUGGAAAGCGAUUCAAUCAGUUGUUGAAUCCCGGCACUCUGCCCGCAUUGCUGGAGCACCUAGUGUUUGAGGGGCAGUAUGGCCAACCCUUCGAGAAGGACACGCUGCCCCAAACACUUCGGACAUUGACCUUGAUGAAAGAUUAUAAUCUCGCCCUCAAUAAGGCCAAUUUGCCCGCAUCCCUGACUGCUUUGGAGACGGUGGACAUCUUUGACCCGGCAUCACUUCAAGCCUCAAUCACGACCCUUGGCCUAGGAGGAGUACCUCCUCAACACACCUUCCCCAACGCGAUCACCAAACUUGUUUUGGGGGAGAUCAGCGAAGACGAGGACGACGACCCAAACAUUUUGGUGCCCGAUAGACUCCCAGACACUAUUACCAGCUUGUAUCUCAACAGCUGGUUUAGGCAACCAAUGGCAGUGGGAUACCUGCCCAACUCAAUCACACAUCUGUCCAACUAUUGGAAUAGGGACAAUCCCUUGCAGACUGGCACUCUGCCCAGCAAGCUCACCGAACUCAUGUUCAACAGCGAAUUCAACCAGUCGAUCGAGCCUGGCGUACUGCCCGACUCAAUCACCAAACUCCAGUUUGGGGACUACUUUGAUAAGUGUCUGAUGCCUGGCUCCCUUCCACCAUUACUUAGAUGGCUGGACAUUGGAUACUCGUACAAUCAAAAGUUGGUGGCGGGCACAUUGCCGCCGUCGCUCACUCAACUGAAACUGAGCAAAGCACUGAAGGGAGGCACGGACGUCGUUUUGCCAAACAGUAUCAAACAUCUGGACCUUGAUUACAACAGACACAUCGGAUUCAUCGAUACGCUGGCCAACUCGAUUGAAGAUGUAGGGUUCUGCUUCCUCUGGAUAUAUGAUCUGGCGAUUCAACACGGCCUGCCUGGUCCGUGCAGUGUGGCUGUCAACGUGUUAAACGCCUUUGUAAUGGGCAACUUUCCCAGUAUUGGCAAUCGAACAAUGCACUCAUUUCAAACAUUGUCCAGGCUGUUUCCAAAUGUUCAAACAUUCAACAUUCUCAUCAACGAUGAUAUGUCGGAACCUGCAGUAUUCAAAAGGAUUGACAGUACUACUAUC